GCAGGCGGCCGCAGCAACAGCGACAACCCCUGGAGCCCUCCUGUGAAGGAGCGUCCCUAUUCGCGCCUCUGCGAGGCCCUUGGAGACAGAAACCAGAAGGGGAGCCGCCGCGGAGUCGCUCCGCGGUCGGUACAGCCCUUAGGACGCUCGGUCCCAUCCUCGCGCUCCUGCUCCGGCUCCUCCAUCUUGGCCUCGGCAGUAGCGGCUGCCGGGAGGAUGUGCCGCCUUCUGGCAGGGGGAAGAAGGAGGAGAAGAUGAAGAAGUACCCGCGGGCCUUGGCCCUGGUCACCUGCCUCUUUCUGUGCUUCCUGGUCUGGCUUCCCAUUUGGCGUGUAUGUUGUAAAGAGAGUUCUUCAGCUUCAUCAUAUUACUCUCAAGAUGACAAUUGUGCACUAGAAAAUGAAGAUACACAAUUCCAGCAAAAGAAAAAGGAAUCAAAAGAGUUAAAUUCCCCUGUGGUUGAGACACUCCCUACAAUUGAUCUACAUGAAGAUUCCAGUGUGGUUGUGAACAGUGAAAAUGUUGAAAAUAUUUCCAGCUCAUCUACCUCAGAGAUCACUCCAGUCUCAAAGCUUGAUGACAUAGAAAAAUCUACUAUUCUCCCAGUAGUCAAGCCAAGUGUAACUGAGCAAUCGGAAACUAAUUGUGAUGUUGGUGAAGUCCUUGAUGCCAAUGCUCCAACUGAACAACCUUCCUUUGUCAGUCCACCUGAAAGCCUUGUUGGCCAGCAUAUAGAAAAUGUGUCAUCUUCACAUAGCAAAGGAAAGAUAACAAAAUCGGAGUUUGAGUCAAAAGUUUCAGCAAGUGAACAGGUUGAUGGUGAUCCAAAAUCUGCAUUGAAUGCUUCAGAUAAGUUAACAAAUGAGAGUUCUGAUUACAAAAAGCCAGGAGACAUUGACCCCACAUCUGUAACAAGUCCCAAAGAUCCAGAAGAUAUUCCAACGUUCGAUGAGUGGAAGAAAAAAGUUAUGGAAGUAGAGAAAGAAAAAAGUCAGUCGAUGUAUCCAUCUCCCAGUGGGGUUACACAUGCCACCAAAAAGGUCCAGAAAAAUCGAAAUAAUUAUGCCUCAGUAGAAUGUGGAGCCAAAAUAUUGGCAGCCAAUCCAGAAGCCAAGAGCACGUCUGCUAUUCUUAUAGAAAAUAUGGAUCUUUAUAUGUUGAAUCCUUGCAGCACUAAAAUUUGGUUUGUUAUUGAACUCUGUGAACCAAUUCAAGUUAAACAACUUGACAUUGCAAAUUAUGAAUUAUUUUCUUCCACUCCUAAAGAUUUUCUGGUUUCUAUAAGUGACAGAUAUCCCAUAAAUAAGUGGAUUAAGCUGGGUACUUUCCAUGGUAGAGAUGAAAGGAAUGUCCAGAGUUUCCCUCUAGAUGAGCAGAUGUAUGCGAAAUAUGUAAAGAUGUUCAUCAAGUACAUAAAGGUGGAGUUUCUAUCACAUUUUGGAUCAGAACACUUUUGUCCAUUAAGCCUUAUAAGGGUAUUUGGUACUAGCAUGGUGGAAGAAUAUGAAGAGAUUGCUGAUUCUCAGUAUCAAUCAGAACGUCAGGAACUAUUUGAUGAAGACUAUGAUUAUCCAUUGGAUUAUAAUACUGGGGAGGAUAAAUCUUCGAAAAAUCUUCUUGGUUCUGCUACAAAUGCCAUUCUAAAUAUGGUGAAUAUUGCUGCUAAUAUUCUGGGAGCAAAAACUGAAGAAGUGACAGAAGGCAAUAAAAGUGUAUCUGAGAAUGUCACUGCCACAGCUGAUUCUAAAAUACCUGAAUCAACUCCUGUUUCAACUCCUCUCCCAUCACCUGAGUUUGCAACCACUGAAGUACAUGUCCAUGAAAUGGAGCCAUCAACACCAGAUACACCAAAAGAUAGUCCCAUUGUCCAGUUAGUUCAAGAGGAAGAUGAGGAGGCAAGUCCAUCUACAGUGACUCUUCUGGGCACUGGUGAACAGGAAGAUGAAUCACCACCCUGGUACCGAAAACAAAUGGAAGAAAUGCAAAAGGCAUUCAAUAAAACAAUAGUGAAACUUCAGAAUACAUCGAGAAUAGCAGAGGAGCAGGAUCAGCGGCAAACUGAAGCCAUCCAGUUGCUACAGGCGCAGCUGACCAACAUGACACAGCUUGUUUCAAACUUAUCAGCAAGUGUGGCAGAAUUAAAGCGUGAGGUUUCAGAUCGACAAAGCUAUCUUGUCAUAUGUUUGGUGCUCUGUGUUGUCUUGGGACUGAUGCUUUGUAUGCAGCGCUGUCGGAAUACUUCUCAAUUUGAUGGAGAUUAUAUUUCAAAACUUCCUAAAAGUAAUCAGUAUCCAAGCCCUAAAAGGUGCUUCUCUUCCUAUGAUGAUAUGAAUUUGAAAAGAAGAACUUCAUUCCCUCUCAUCAGAUCCAAGUCUCUACAGUUAACAGGCAAAGAAGUAGCCCCAAAUGAUUUGUACAUCGUAGAACCCGUCAAGUUUUCACCAGAGAAAAAGAAGAAAUGCUACAAAUAUAAAAUGGAAAAAAUUGAGACCAUCAAGCCAGCAGAUCCAUUGCAUCCAAUAGCCAAUGGAGACAUAAAAGGAAGGAAACCCUUUACGAACCAGAGAGAUUUUUCUAAUAUGGGAGAAGUUUAUCACUCUUCUUAUAAGGGUCCUCCAUCUGAAGGAAGCUCAGAAACUUCAUCACAAUCAGAAGAGUCUUAUUUUUGUGGCAUUUCAGCUUGCACAAGUCUGUGCAACGGACAGUCCCAAAAGACAAAGACUGAGAAGAGGGCUUUAAAACGAAGGCGAUCUAAAGUUCAAGACCAAGGAAAAUUAAUAAAAACUCUAAUACAGACUAAGUCAGGAUCAUUGCCGAGCCUGCAUGACAUAAUCAAAGGAAACAAAGAGAUCACCGUGGGAACGUUUGGUGUUACAGCAGUCUCGGGACAUAUCUGAAAU